AGUUGAACAAUUGCUUUUCAUCACCUGAUAAUAAUAACAGUAAUGAUAAUACUGAAAUUGAUUAUGAAAUAAUUCAAAUUAAUGAAAAUAAUUGUACUCAAGCUGAAUCCAACAAAAUGGUUCCAGCUUUCAUACAACAAAAAUUUUUACAAAUAAUUGCAAGUUCAAAUGAUGAAGUUAAUGAACAAAGUAAAAAAAUUAAUUCUUCUAAAAGAGUAUUAGAUUUAGAAAUUGCUAGUGGUCUACAACCAAGAAUAACCAGUCAAUUUCAAAAAUAUAACAUAAGCCAAGGACAAUCAAAAAAUAUGAUUGAAAAAGAUCCAGGAUGUAUGUCAACUAAUUUGUAUAACUUAGUAAAUGAUAGGAAUUUUUGGGCAAAUGUUGAAUGCCUUACAUAUGUAUCAUCACCUGCAAAAAAGGCUGUUAAAUGUAUAGAAUCUGCAAACUCCACUUUGGCAGAUUUUUUUUUAAUCCUCAUUCAAAUGGCUGCUACAAUAAAACAGUUGCCAAUAAGUGACUCUACAGAACAUAAAGGUUUUCAAAGACAAUUUUUUCAUUCAGUGAUACGUACAGCAUUAGAAGUAUGGAAAAAUUUGGGAGGUGGAGAUAAAAGUGCACAAGAAAGGGAAAAUUUUAAUAGACCAUUAGAAGAUAUAGAAGAUUAUGGUGAUCCUGAUUAUAAUAUAGAUGUUAUAAGAGAUUCAGGAAUUUAA